GAGCAGCAUGUAGGUGCGCACGUCUGAUCAUCCCAGACAUCGAUUCAAAAUGAGUCUCUCUGCUAAAGACAAGGCCGCCGUGAGGGGCUUCUGGGCCAAGAUUGCUCCAAAGGGAGAGCAAAUUGGUAACGAGGCGUUUUCCAGAUUGCUUUUGGUGUACCCUCAGACCAAGACCUACUUCUCCCACUGGAACGAUCUGGCCCCCGGCGCUCCCUCUGUGAAGAAGCACGGAAAGAAGAUUGUCGGUGGACUCGGUCUGGCUGUUGAUAAAAUCGACGACCUCUUCAACGGCCUGCUGACCCUCAGUGAACUGCACGCCUUCCAGCUGAGAGUCGACCCUGCUAACUUCAAGCUCCUGUCCCACUGUCUGCUGGUGGUGUUCGCCAUGCUCUUCCCUGAUGACUUCACUGCGGAGGUCCAUCUGGCCAUCGACAAGUUCCUGGCUAGAGUGGCUUUGGCUCUGUCUGACAAAUAUCGUUAACUGUUCUGUUUAACAGCAUGAACGUGGUUUUGUCAAUAUGGUCAACAACAUGUCAAUAAAAACAAACCUAGAGCCACUUCA